GCAUCAGUCCUUCGCUGUCAGAACUCCGGGCCAAAACGAGAAAAAUUCGUGCUCUCCUCCAGUCGCCGCGAUUUUAAAAUAUAGUUUCGGUUUUCGUGGUGUAGAAAAUCUGUGCAAGCAAUGGCAGCACGUUUAAUUAAAAGAAUUUUUGGACGAGAUCCUGAAAAUCUGCUCAAAAGUUUAUCGCAAAAAGUGAAGGACAAUUGGGUCAAAAUUUACAUAACCUCGCCCUCUUCCCGUGAAAAACCAAAUAAAAACGAGCCAAUUGUCCAAGCUUCCACUCCGUUCGGCGCACGUGGCUAUGCUUCCGGUGUGAAGAAAGUUACGCUGAUCCCUGGCGAUGGCAUCGGACCGGAGAUCUCUGCUGCCGUUCAGAAGAUUUUCACUGCCGCCAAUGUUCCGAUCGAAUGGGAAGCCGUCGAUGUCACUCCCGUCAGGAACCCGGACGGAAAGUUCGGUAUUCCACAGAGUGCCAUCGACUCGGUGAACCGCAACAAAGUGGGCCUGAAGGGACCUCUGAUGACUCCGGUUGGAAAGGGACAUCGUUCGCUCAAUUUGGCCCUCCGAAAGGAAUUCAACCUGUACGCCAAUGUGCGCCCGUGCAGAAGCUUGGAGGGUUACAAAACCCUGUACGACAAUGUCGAUGUGGUCACCAUCCGUGAGAACACCGAGGGCGAGUACUCCGGUAUCGAGCACGAAAUCGUCGACGGCGUCGUGCAAAGUAUCAAGCUGAUCACCGAGGAAGCCUCGAACCGAGUGGCCGAGUACGCCUUCAAAUACGCCAAGGACAACAACCGCAAGAAGGUCACCGUGGUUCACAAGGCCAACAUUAUGCGAAUGUCCGACGGUUUGUUCCUGCGGUGUUGUCGCGAGAUGGCCAAAAAGUACCCGGAAAUCAAAUUCGAGGAGAAGUACCUGGACACGGUUUGUCUGAACAUGGUGCAGGAUCCAAGCAAGUUCGACGUAUUGGUCAUGCCAAAUCUGUACGGUGACAUCAUGUCGGACAUGUGCGCCGGUCUGGUCGGCGGUCUGGGUCUGACCCCCUCCGGCAACAUGGGUCUGAACGGUGCCCUGUUCGAGUCGGUCCACGGAACCGCUCCCGACAUUGCCGGAAAGGAUCUGGCCAAUCCGACUGCCCUCCUCCUGUCGGCUGUGAUGAUGCUGAGGCACAUGGAAUUGACCUCGCAUGCCGACAAGAUCCAGAACGCAUGCUUCGAAACCAUCAGAGAGGCCAAAUUCCUGACCGGUGAUCUGGGCGGCAAGGCCAAGUGCUCAGAGUACACCAACGCCAUCUGUGAAAAGAUCCACUAGACUAGGUCACGUGGUGGUAUCUCUCGCAUCGUACCAUACAUAAAAAAAACAUAAGCAGCGACAUGCUUCAGUCAAAUUUUACCAUAGUUUUACCCGUUCAACAAUCCAGUAUCGAGUUUCCUUCCAACAAAACAUAAAACACUAUUUAUUACUCUACCCCUCAUGAGUCGAAUCUAGCAGCGUAGUUUCGUUUCCAAAAGAACUUCUAUUUCGAGCGUCACGCAGUAUUAUCCCGACCCGACCCCCGUUUCGAACAAACAGAAUAUCCACCGCCUAGUAGGAGGAGAGGAUCGACUGCGGUCUGUGAACUCAUGCUAAUCCUCAGACAAUAACACCGAAAUGAUAGUUGUGCGUUGCCGGAGCAAGUUUAGAUGGACGCGAUUCGUUGAAUGCAAAACUCUACUGUCCGCGAUUAAUUUCCGUGAAUAUUGAUGAUUAAUUGUGCGAUACAGGAAACUAAUUUAUUACAAAUUAUUAAGGAAAAAUGUUACUUAAUCGAAUAAAAAAAUCAAAUCCAUGCGAAUA